AUGGUGGAUUUUCCUUAUAAACGUGCUAAUAAAGAUAUUCAAUUUGUUUUCAGGAUUACUUUACCAAACGGAGGUGUUUUAUUGUCUGAAAUUCAACAAAAAUUUACUUCACAACCAACUUUAUUAGAAGAUAUUUUUAAUCAACAAAAAACAACAACACAAGAAAUAUUAUUAUAUAUACCAAAAUUUAAAAUGGAAACACAAUUUGAAUUGAAAACUGACUUAGAACAACUUGCCAUACAUGACGCAUUUGAUACAAAUACGGAAGCGGCUGCUGCUGCUACGAAUGUAAUAAUGACAUUAUCAUGUGCAAAAGUACAACAACCUCCUCACAUUGUAUUUCGAGCUGAACGUCCAUUUUUGUUUUAUAUUCGUGAAAGGAGACAGUUUCGUGCAUCAACAUCUUAA